AUGCUAGUUGUCAAUCGGGUUCCCGGCAGCUUUGUUCCACGGCGGGUCCGCUGCUUGUCCACCACGGAACUCACAGCGAUGGCAUCGUUGGAUGGCUUUCAGGGCCACUUCGACAUGCUCUACGACCAUGAGCGGAAUGAGGCCUAUGCGGAAGCCAUUCGACGGGCUGUGGAGAGGAAGACGAGUUCAGAACGGUGGACUCCAUUGACCGCUGUGGAUAUAGGAAGUGGUGCGGGCCUAUUGGGUCUUCUUUGCUGGCAAACAGGCCGCUGUUCUCGUGUGGUGCUCAUCGAGGCCUGUCCACCCUUAGCCUCCGUGGCACGGGAGAACCUGCAGCGCAACGGGGCAGAGUCUUGCUGCAGAGUUUGGGAGGGUCAUUCCAACGAUCUUCUCCAUUCUUCUGCAACCUCUCAGGUUGAACCCUUCGACCUGUGUGUGUCAGAGCUCCUGGAUUCGGUGUUGAUCGGCGAAGGGGUGUUGGACUCCUUACGAAAAGCCUGGGCAUCGCCAUACUUGGCUCCAGGCAAGACCAUGCUGAUCCCGGAGCGUGCUCGGGUCAUGGGACGUCUCUUUCGGUCUGAUGCCAUCUAUCGGCGCCAUCGAGGAUGUGAGGAUCUGCCAGAGGAGAUGAAAUCGUGUCCAGGGCUUCAUGCAGCGGAGCAUUUGCACCUGUGGCCCUUCCUGCAUGCAGGCUCCGUGGCGCAGCGGUGUACGGCCAGCGCGGAGCGUCUGGUCCGCAGCCUAACCAGUCACCGUGCUCCACAUGCUCGUGCCAGCAUCGCGCUGCUGGGGUUAGGCUCGGCGCUCUUUGCUCGCUACCGACCUCGCUAUCUUCAGGGCCUGAACCGGUCUCGUGCUGGCUCGCGGACCAGGAGUGCUGCAACCCGUGUGGCAGAAUCUGUGGAGACCUUGGCCACUGCCGAGAUUGGCUGGAAAAGCCUGGCACAUGUCUACUGCAUGAACUUGGACCAUCGGAAAGAGCGAUGGGACUUUAUGCAACGGCAGUUUCUGCAGCUGAAGAUGCCUGUGGAACGCUUCAGUGCUGUGAACGGUCGGGAGCUGGAUGUGCCAGAGCUCGCCAUGAACGGGGUCAUUGCCAUGGAAGCUUUGCCUCGCUACUACCUGCCGGACGAACAGAAGCUGUUUGGCACCGACUUGACAGCAGGCGCCAUUGGCUGCGCGCUCUCACACAUGUUGAUCUGGCGCGACAUCGUGCGUCGAUGCGCCGAAGAUGGCAUUGACCCUCGUGCGCCUUUCUUGGUCAUCGAGGACGAUUGCCAAUUCGCCCCGGACUUCUCCGAGCAGCUGCUCUUGGAGCGCCUCUCGCACGUUCCUGAGGAUUGGGAGAUCGUCUACCUUGGUGGACAAGAUUUGCUUCGCAGGCAGCACUUGUACGAAGUUGGAAAAGGAGUUCGGCGACUUUACAAGGGUUUUCGAGAGACCACAGCCUACCUCAUCAAUGAUGCCGGGGCCAAGGCUUGCUUGGAGGUGAGCGUUCCGCUCUACUGGCAGAUCGACACCCACAUGAACGAUGAAUCCCUGCGCGAAGGACCGAGACAUGGGUUGGUUACAGUUACUGUAUACCGAGACAACCUGAGCCUCAUGGAGUUUGUCUCGGAGCCCUUCGAGAUCUUCGACUUUGACUUCGCCACUCCACCGCCCGGCGGACGCCGGAAGCGCCUCACGGUCCCAAUGAGUGUGGAGACGGUGGCGCAUGGAGUGGCGUUUUGGUUUGAUGCGCAGCUCUUUGAGGAUGUGCAGCUUUCUAUGGCGCCCUCGGCACCAUCGUGCGAGACGUCGCUACACGGCACUGUCGUGGUGCGGGAGCACUGGCGACAGGCGGUGCUGUGCUUCCGACAGCCGCUGUCACCGACAAGGCCGCUGCCACCAGGCGCCGUGGGCGACGACGGCGCUGUGAGUGAGACGUCGCCUGGAGUUGAGCUGGAACUGCACCACGAUGAUGAUGACAUUUGGGUCACCGUGCCGCGCGGCACGGCGGCUGCGGUGGCGAAGUCAGCAGGGAAGCCACCCAGAUGCAGAUGUGGCCUGCACGUGGCGACCAGCCGCCGUCGCUUGGGCAUGGACCACCGUCGUCAGGCCACACUCCCUGCACCCACCGCGAACGGCAUGCUGGUCUUGGGCGAUGGAGCAGAGCUGCCAGUGCAGCUGCUCGGAUUGGCAGCGGAUUGGCUUCCUAAGGAGCGCAGCUACGAGGAGGAUACCACUGAGCCAAGCAGCGGCUCAGAGACAGGCGCAGGCGAACCCCCCAGCCCUUCAGACCAUCAGACCCAGUCGCAGGUGGAGAUUGCCGUCACAGCCAUGUCUUUCAGUCGGAGGCAGCCGCCACCCCCACCGGCCGAACGGCCCAGCGUGCAGUUGGCCGAGAAGACCUGUGGAGAACCACCGUCCUGGUGCCCAGGAGAACCAUUAAUGACCUCGACCGCGAAGAGCAUUGGCGCACCUCCAGGUCGAGACGAUGUCGCACUCGUGCCUCUGUUCCCCAGCUUCAUGCCGGGAUCGCUCAAGACCCACAUUCAGGAGGCCUAUAGGCAAAUUAGUUGA